AUGUUCGCCACCAUUCAGCAGGAAAUCGCAGCUCCGACCACUAUCCCACCCCCAUCCCCACCCGUUACGAUACUCGUCGAUCCCCGAGGGGCCUUCGUUCAACUAUCGCAUGACGGUCGCGUCCGCGGACCAGCUGCAAGUACAGGCGCAACUUGCGCAGCAGCAGCAGCAGUCUGGACCAGGGCCGCGAAGAAGACCGAGUGUCCUGCGGCGAUCGAAGCAGGCGGCGCCGAAACGCCCGCCGUCAUACCCGAUGCCGACGACGCAGUCUCCGUGCCUGCACACAGUGACGAGUGGAGUAGUGCUGAACGACCUUGGCACAUCGUCUCCGCCGCGAAACGCCUCUGGACUCGGGGAGCCAAUAGCGUCGACGUCUUCCGCCAAGAAGCACGAGCGGCGGCGGACACUGAAAGGUGCGCUCUCUGA